AUGACCUGCUCCCACAACGUGGUGUUUCUGUUGGACACAACCAGCUCUGUGCAGAAGGCUCAUCUUCACAUGGGCACCUUGAAGAUCCUGAACUAUUUGGGCUGCAGGUUUGGCCUGGCCAAGGUCCGUUGGGGCUUCAAGUUCUUUGACUCCUUAGGUGCGCAGGGCAGAAUUUCACGGGUGGGCCGCUUCCGUGAACUCGGAUCUCGCAGCUGGGAAGACUUCGAAGAGGAGCUGGAGACCAAGUUUGAAAACCGUUACCAUGCUCCGAACUUGCCUGGCCCAGCCCCUCGAGCCACUCUGACUCGGAACAUACUGAAAGAAGCCUUGCUGGAUUAUCAGUGGGACCGACCUGAAAUUGCUUCUCCAGCCAAGCCAGUGCUGAGGAGCCAGAAAAGCAAACUAACUGUGACUUUAGAGAAACCCCCAGAGAGCUCCAGUCUUCCUGAGGGUUUUAUGAACACCAUCUUUCUCUUCUCUCCUUGCCCUUAUUCUCAGAGGGAGCUUCUGCAGUUUGUUUCUGGAAGUCAUGCUUGUUUGCCUGAUGAACUGCUCACUUCACAGGACCUAGCAGAAAAAUUCAUACCCAAGAGAAUCCAGGAAAUGAUGGCAGCUCAGAAAAUCACUUUGCAUUGGGUGAACACUGCUGAUGAAUCCACGUUCCUUGAUUCUGCAGAUCAUGUCGGGUACCACAUAUUGGCUGAACUGAUGCACAUCUUGAGGGGCACUAUUUUGCCCUCAGAAAUCUUCAUUCCAUGUUCAAGUUAUCACAAAAAAGGGACACUCCCUGCCUUCCCUUUUAAAUCAGCGUCCCUUGAGCCAUUGUUCUCAUCAUGGGCUAUGAUCUUGCCUUUGGAUUCAACACUGAACUGUCUGUUUUCCUCGCCGUCUGCAUUACAAGCAUCAUUCCCCCAACUGGAAGGACAGUUAUUUGUCAAGAGCGAUGGAAUAGAAAAACCACAGAGCUGCGCUGUGACCCUGGAGCCUUUGACUUUGAGCCAGAGGUGCUUUGAGAAUCCAGUCAAUAUUUCUCUUAAAUGCAGAGUGACAGGCUGGAACAUGAUGCAAGCUAGUAGCUUCCACAUCGAGAACUGGAUAAUACGGAGUUCCCCACUGAGCCAAUCUGUUCAGGAGGCAUCUUUAUUUCAGCAUCUUGUAAGGUGCAUUCUGGCCCAAGGAUUAUACCUCGUUGCUGAAGUGUCUCCAUUUGGAUCCUGUUCUUCCUAUACUGGGAUUGUUUCCCCCAUCUCGGAUACUGCUGCACUUCUGUCUCUUCUCUGUGCUGAGAACAUGGCUGAAGUUGAGAGGAGCCUCGUUCAAACUGCCGAGGAAGGGAAUCUUCCCAAGGCAGACGACUUAAGCUUUCCAGAAAUGGUGAGCAGCAUGCUCAGUCAAGUAAAUUACUCGGAAGAGAGUGACCUUGCCAGCCCUGAGAAUCCAUUUCCGGAGUGGGCUCAGCAGGAGCUGUCUCGGACUCAUCGCUGGACCCCUGUAGUGACUGAAGGCUGGUACCCUUGGUCGAACCUCUGUGGAGCAAGCUCCCAUUUCAUGGAAUCAUUAAGGUCACUGCAAGCAGCUCCAGCUACUGUGGAAGAAUCCCCAAAGCCAGAAACGGAGCUGACCCAGGGCCUGUCUGAAUUUUACCGGAGGAGAGCUUUGGAAGACUCUGCUACGUCUUGUCAACGGGAUCGCAAAAAGAAGCGUGGAGCUCCCCGGACUCCCGUCAGGCAGAAGAUGAAGACUAUGUCUCGUUCCCUUCAGAUGCUGAACGUCGCAAGGCUGAACGUGAAAGCCCAAAAGCUUCAACCGGAUGAAGAGCUGGCAGCAAGCGAGAAAGUAACCCAAAGGCUCUUGCCGAAAAGAUCAGAUGAUAGAAUGGAAGAAAAGGGAAGAACUGUGAAAAAUAAGUUAGACUUCAAAACAGAAGAAGAGAUGGUCUCCUACGCAACCGCAAGCUACCAGAAGGCUGUGGCUGAAGGAGAGAAUUUGUCCUUGUGUGCCCAUGAUAUUGUGACAGCUGUGAAUGCUUUUCAAAUAGCAAACGAGGCCCGAGAGAGAGCGACCACCUGGACAGAUGCAAUGCGAAGCAGUCUCCUGAAGACCAGCAAAGGCCUCCGUCAACAGCUGGGCAACAGUCCUGAUAAGCAAGUCAAAGUCAGAGAGUGCCAGCUUCAGGUGUAUUUGCGCUUGGAGAUGUCCCUGCAGUGCCCCUUGAUGCAGAACAGCACGGACGAAAUGGAACAGCUCAUCGAGGAGAUGACCGAAAUGCUGCGAAUCUUGUGCUUGACUGAAGACCCGGCGUACCUCACCAAGUUUUUAGAAGACGUCGUAGAAAUAUAUAUAGAAUCAAUCCCGAAGACCCUUGGGAGCUUGUACUACAGCCUGGGGACGCAGGUUCCCCCCAAGCUGUCCUCUGUCCUGCCAGCAGACUUCUUUGGUGAUGAUUCUGUAAGUCAGGAGAGUCAAGCCCCGUCCCUUCCUGCUUCCGCCGCUUCCGAUCCAGCAGCGAGGUCAGCGUCCGUAAGCAACGAGGCGGAGCUGCUGCAGGAGCUGCGCACCAGAUCAGCCAAGAAAAGAAAGAGUGCGUUAUCCCGGCACCGAAGCGUUACUGAAGCAUCACAGAACUUGCGCCAAAUAGAGAUUCCUCAAGUACCCAAGAUUCGUGCCCGGAAGGACAGUUCUCGAGCAUCCCUCGAUGUGAAGCCACCUCCAGCAGCACAGAAAACACCCGUGCAAGAAGUGACCAAGGUGCGAAGGAACCUUUUCAAUGAGGAAAUGCAGUCUCCAAGCAAAAGAGCCCUGAAAAGGAUGCCUCGAAGCCAGUCAGUAUCUGCUUUGGAAGGACUGAAGCACCAACACAGCCGAUCGCACGAGGCCCCUAGAGAUCAUCACAAGCUACUGACCAAGCGGGUGGCUGAAACGCCAUUGCACAAGCAGAUCUCCAGGCGGCUGCUAUACAGACAGAUCCAAGGCCGGUGUUCCGAUCCUGGGUAUGAAGUUGGUGUUGUUGAGGAGUCCCCUGAAAAAGCUCUGACCUGUGGCUUAAGGAGGAGCCCUCGGAUCAAGCAGCUGUCACUGGAUAGAAAGCGCUCCGGUUCCUUCCCCUCCUCCCAGGCUGUCCUGAAGAAUAUACAGCGGGUGCACUCUGCACAUGUAAAAGGGCCAGGCACUCCAGAGGAAUUAACAGGCUUGGCUUUGUUGUCCCCUAAAAAAACCAUCCAGUCCCCCAGGAGCCUUCUCUUUGGAGCACUUCAUGAGUUACCCACUUCUAGAGGAAUGGAGUCACCCAAAACGAGAAAAUCUCUAGCCUCUGAUGAUACUGUUGCUUACCAGACACCUAGAAAAACUCCUUGCCGGUCUUCUCGGAGGUUCCUGAGCCCCCCCGGCAACAUUCCGAGAAGAUCUCCUCGGAUUCGAGAGAUGUCACAGCGGACCCUUCUGAAAAGCCCGACCCCGAAGCAGACUGUGGCAAAGAAUUUGGGCAGCCUGUUCUCCCCUCCCAAGCAGAAAGGCAAGCUUUCACCUGAAUCCGUUGAGAAGAAAGAAGAACCUUUGGCACAGCCUCCUUUGUUGAAAGAAAACUUUUCUUCCCCUCGUGGGGAACAGCAGCUGCGCACGCCAGGAAAGCAGGCAACCGGGGAAGGGCUCGAUGAGGUGUUUGGAUCACCUGACAACAGUUCCAAUUCAGAUUCUUAUUUUGUAGCCGCAACUUUGAGUCCCUGGGGAAAAUCUCCUUCUGAGCUAUGCUCCCCUCAGCAAUCCUUGAGAACUGCCCAGAAACCAACAUGCUUGGCUUCUGCACAGAGACAGACUCCCGAGGCAGAAAAACCAAGUGAUCCAAAGCCGCUUCCGCUAUUGACGUCCGCCUCUGUGCCAUCAGGUUUAACGCCCAGGAAAUUUGGAGGGGGGCCUUUGGAUCAGCCUCUGAGCCCCAAGAGCGCUGGGGUUGCUGAGGCUUUACCUCCACAGGCCUCGAUAUCCAAGCUGGGCAGAGAGACUUGCACACCCAAGAAAUCACCUUUGAAACCUCAGAGUGCUUCAAGUAUCACCCUGCGAAAAGCUGUCCACUCCCCUUCCUGCAUGUUAGAAGAUCCCUCAUGUACACACAGAGGUAAAGGGGAACCUCCUCAGUGGGAUGUAAGCGUCAAUCUCUCCACUGAAACGAACUUACUCUGCAAAGCUGUGAUUAAUGAGAGUGUCUCUCCGCUGCAGAGGUGUGAACAGACUUCAGGAAUUGUGACUCCAAGUAAAAGAGGUUCCGAAAGCCACCUGUCUCCUAAAAACUUGGCUAAAGAUGACCUGCGUGUCUUGGACGCCGUGGUGGUAUGUGAGCGCUUAGAUCCCUCUGCUUUGGCUGACAAAGGGAGCCACAAAUCCUUCUCAAAUAGUUCUCCAGGACAAGAAGGUCCAACAGCUUUACAAGAUAGAGUUUUGCCAGCAGAAACGCUUUUGGGUUUGCAGCAGCCAUUUUUUCAGAGCCCUCGCAGACGCAAUGCGAAAUCCUCAGCCCCGAAGUCUGGCUUGUGCACCUAUGCGUUGCGUUGCACCCCAGACCGAAGACAGCGGGAAGCUGCUGCGCGACUGGGCAACGUUGAAACAACGGCAAACUCUGUUACUCCUCGGAGUACUCAUGCAUCACCUUCUGUGGCAAGUCCACCGACCUACGAGGUUCAGCUGGAGAUGCAAGCGUCUGGCCUGCCCAAGCUCCGCAUCAAAAGGGUUGGCUCUGGGGUGCCCGCUGAAGCACAGUCCCAGGCAGAGAAUAGAAAACCCAAAGGAGAGGGAAGCGAUUCGGACACAGGGGAUCUCUCUGCGAGCUGGUGCGGUAGACAUUCAGGGAAACCGGAACCCGUCUGCAUCUCGCCGUCCUGUUUUCGGUCUGCCCACAGUACUCCGGGGAAGCCAGGAGGACAGACCUAUAUAUGCCAGUCAUACACUCCAUCUCCCCGCAUCUCAAGCUCUGUUUCCCCAUCUGACUGCAUCGCUGGCCCUUCUUGGACACCCUCUCCGAAGCAGAAAGGAAAAGUUACCCCCGAAGCAAUCAAAGACUGGCCCCGGAGGAAGAGGGCCACAGUCGGAUGCAACAGGACCGAGAGACAGGCGGAGCCUGCUGGAGAAAUACAAGCCGCUGAGGAGUGGGGAGUGAGAACUGCAGAACUCUACAGCGGCCAGGCUGUGGGUGUGGGGGAGUUUGAACUUGAGGGCGUUUGUAGGCUCCAAGACCUGUCGCCGUGCAGCGACACAGAAACAGGCAGGGAUGAGCAUGUCCACAAAGGGGCUUUUGGCUUAAGGUCCAGGAAAAGGGUCUUUGAACACCUCUCUCCAGAGGAGGGAGCUAGCUGGGAAGCCAAAAGGGCCUGCCCAAAGAGAGAGAACCCCGCGGCAUCUGCUCACUCAACAGAACUGUUCAGCGUAGGCCAAAUCAGAACACACCUAGAAAAUCAAGAUGUCUUCAACUUUUCAGGCCUAACUCCACCCAGUUCUGUGAAGAGCUCCAUCUCUGCUAGCGGUCUUCGGGCACUGACACAGUCUCCACUGCUUUACCAGGGACAUGCCACAUCCCAGAGGAAGCGUCUCCCAGAUGCUGACUCUGAUGGGUUAGGAGCAGCAAGUGAAGACCUAUCUCCAUUUCACAGCGCACGCUCUAGACGCCGUCCCCUGAGCAGGACCUACUCACGAAAACGGCUGCUGAGCUGAACUCGGGGGCAAGACUGUAAGAAUGCCUGGAGCCAGAUCACAAAAGCUGGUUUUGGACUACAUUGUUUGAAAAACCAAAAUCAGGACGUCGAUGGUCCCAGCAGAGGCACCUGUUGCUCGCGAAGCUGCGUCUCAGCCCUGUUGAGGGUAAGCCCUGCUAUUCCCUCAGCCAAGAAGAGAAAAAAGGAUGAACAGGCACCAGGAGAGGGGGGAGCUUAUCCAGGUCUCGGUGUACACCCAGGAGUAUGGCAGCAUAUGGACCCUCCUACUUUCAGCAGCCGAAAAAGGAAGUCAA